AUGAACAUCUACCCGCAGCAGACGUACGAGGUCGACGCCGGCCGCGCGCUCAACCACACGAGCCCCAUCGUCGACAACUGGUGCCACGAGAUCAAGGCCGCCUGCGCCGGCUUUGGCACGGACGAGAACAAGCUCAACGACAUUCUCGGCGCCAAGACCGCCGGCGAGCGCUACCUCAUCUCGCUUCGCUACCCAAACGUCCGGCGACUACCGCAAGCUCCUUCUCUCGAUCUUGGAACACUCGAGCUAAACCAUCUAAAUAUACUAUAUCUCUUGCCCUAG